AUGCCACGGGAGACGUCAAGCUGUUGGACGUGCCGCAUACGCCACAAAAAAUGCGACGAAUCAUUGCCCGUCUGCAACGUCUGCGCAGGCCUCGAGAUCACCUGCUUCUCCGGCCAAGAGGCCCCGGACUGGAUGGAUGGCGGACCGAAACAGCAGGCUAUGACUGAUAUGUUCAAGGCUGAGGUUACAAAAAGCGCCAAGUUAAGGAGGGCUCGAAGGGUUGUACAGCGCAUCGUCGGAGAUGCCCACGCCAAUGACCUUUUGCCGCCGCCAUCAACAACUUUGGGAUCUCCCGGGUCCAACAUAUCUCACGACAGAGACUUGCAAUCAAAGUCGCUUUCUCAGUCCAACGAUGGAACACCCAACCCCGGACCUCAGACACCUGCUACUUCUAGCCUGGAGAAGUCCACAUCACAACUCCCGACUGAGUUGGAGCAAUGUUACAUCUCAGCAUAUCUAGACUACAUUGUACCGGCACUGUUCCCCUUCUACUAUCCGUCUAUACUUGAAGGAGGUCGAAGUUGGAUGCUCGUUCUUACCCUGGCCAACAAGUCCCUAUCCCAUGCUGCGACCAGCCUUGCUUCGCAUUUCUUUGCCCUCGUACCGGUGCAACGCCGCCACUCAGAGAGACCCAGAUGCGUGUCUCAGGUCGAAGCUGAACUGCAAAAGCAGACGCACAUAGCGAUGCAGAAGGCACAACAAGACGUUAAGGAAGUCGUCCGUCGCGGCGUACACGAGGACUUGAUCACCAGCGUCCGACUCUAUGACAGUAUCGUGCAUCUACUAUACCUGGAAGCAGCCUUUGGCACGUCAGAGAAUUGGACUAUGCACUUGGAUGCGGGUAUUACCCUGCUGAAGCAGAUACUCCACGAGGUAAACGACGAAGAGUUCCAAGGCUGUAAAUGGACCGCUACAUGCCGGAAAGUCGGCAGACUCGCGUAUCCUCAAUUGGAAAACCCUCCCGAGUUUCCUGCCUGGACACUCGAUCAAAGCGCCUUUCGCUUCUUCACGGCUCUUCUUGUAGUCCACGACCUUCUGGCGAGCACUUCACUCGGACAGGCACCACGACUACAAGCAAACUACCAAGAGUUGCUCGUUACAGAUGACAAGCCUGAAGAGGUCCCAAACCGGAACUGCGGUCUUCUCUUGGAGCGCUUCAUCGGCUGCCAGAACUGGGUCAUGGUAUUGAUUGCAGAGGUGGCAUCACUGGCCAGUUGGAAAAAGGAAAUGCGCAAGCAGGGGUCAUUUUCAAAUCUCGAACUGUUCAGAAGGGGCGGGGAUCUCGAGAUCAAGUUUCGAGAAGGCCUUCGUUCGUUGAGCGCCCGAGAGUCGAAGGUGCGGGAUCAGAGGCCACCUUGGUUAGCUGACUACCGAUUUGCACAAGAGGAGUCUGAGGCCAUCAUCCUAGUCACCCAGAUUUGGGCUCAUGCUGGCCUUAUUUACCUUCACAUAGUUCUCUCAGGCUGGCAAUCAGUCAGCAUGGAGAUCGAGGAAUCAGUGUCAGAGAACCUUGCGUUAAUGAUGAAGUUGGGCAAUGCUCGCUGGUUACAUACGCUCGCAUGGCCUAUUUGUGUGACUGCCUGUUUGGCCAAGGAGGAGCAAGAAGGCUUGGUUGGCGAAGUUCUUGAUGUAAUGGGAGAUCUUGUAAACUUUGGUCCUCCGAGGUUGGCUAGAGAGGUCUUUGAAGCUAUUUGGCUGAAGAGAGACACUGCCGUGAUUGAGUCUUGGGAUCUUGAGGCCUGUCUCAAUAUUCUAGGUCGCCGAGUGCUUUUAGGUACAUGA